CAACGGCUAGGAUCUCCAACCACAUCCACAAUGGAGGCCGCCGCCACCGCCACCGCCGGCGUCAGAGUCGUCGCCAGGAUCUUCUCACCACAACCAGAUCCGGCCGCCGACACCGGAGUCAUCAGGGUCCAGGCCGAGGCCCUCAACGAUUCCGCCCUCCUCUCCUUCGCCGCCGCUGGCCGACAGCAGCAAUCCUUGAGCCUCGACGGCUGCUACCUCAAACACGAUCCCAAUCACCACAUCUUCCGCAACGAGAUCAAGCCGCUCAUCGAUGGAAUCGCCACCCAAGCCCAAGGCCGCAUCAGAGCCUGCUGCGUCAUCGCCUGCGGCGCUGCCGCUGCCAAGCAUCACCUCUUCAUGGGCUCUCACCAUCAACCUGGCUUGCUCGCCAUGGCAAUGGACCAACUCCUCCAGUCCUCCAAACCCAUUGGUGCCACUGUCAGUGUCUCAUCCUAUCAGGUGCUUCAAGAUACUCACAUCCUCGACCUCUUGGAGCCCAAGGACCAUGAGGUUCUCAUACUAGAGGAUGCCGACGGACACACUCACCUCAAGGGCCUCUCCAGGGUUGAUGUCAAGUCCAUGGAAGAGUUUUCACAGCUUUCGUGUUGCGCUAGCGCUACCAACCAACAGAGGCAUCAUCCCUGUAAAGAUUCCACCCAGUUACAAGAUUGGGGGCACCAAGGCCUGAUUAUCUACGUCUCUAGCUUCGACCAGCAAGGCAGAGAAUGUGCUCUAGCUAAGAUAAACUUUCUCAGUUUGGCAGGUUAUGUAGAUCCCAAGCAAAAGAAGAAUGGGGGUCUUGCUCUACCAACUGGUAACAAGUCUUUGUAUGCAGUGAUGAAUGUUGUCCAGGCACUGAACAGCAACCAGAGAUUUGUACCAUAUAGACAAAGCAAAGUAACUCGCAUUCUGCAAGAUUCUUUAUGCAAAACGAGCGGUGCUAUCCUAAUGGCAUGUUUGGCUGAAGAUUGCUGCCAAGACACAGUUUCUACUCUAAGUUUGGCUUCUCGCUCAAGCCAAGUGGUCAAUGAACAUUGCUACAGCUUAUCCUUGAGCGCUAAAAAAUCAUCAAAGUCAAAUAUGAACUCAUCUACAGAUGUCAAAACGUUGUCAAGGACAUUCUUGCCUUAUAUCCAGAAAAUAAGUUCGAUGCAAGAGAAGAAAGGACAACUUAAAUUCAAUAAUAGCGGUUUAAAAGGCGGACAAACUCCAACUGCUAAUAGAAGGUCUCAGCCAAUCUUUAAUUCAAUGAAAAAAUCUGGAAGCUCAAUGUCUACUUCAAUUAAGAUGAAGCAUAAUUAUGCUAAACCUACGAUAAGCGGAAGGAAAUUAUUCUGUCCAAGCAUCAAUUCAUUGAAGGAGGAGAAUGCUACGUGUGUUGCAUCUACUGCGGUAACACAAACUGAAUCAACAGCGGUCAUACAAGCUGAGGAAGUACAGCCAUCAACAGGCAUGGAAAUUCAAACUCCAUCAGCAAAUGAGGGACUUUAUGAAAUAGGAAAUACUGUAGAUGUUAAAUCAUCUGAAAUUCAAGAAGUGGUACGAUGCAGCACAGAAGAACUGCUACCAAUUACUAUCCAGGAAGAGGACUAUGCCUCGCCAAAUAUGCAAGGUAUUGACAUCGGAAGGACCUGCUCUUCUAUCACUGAUAACCUUAUUGAGAAGACUCCAACCAGAACUACUCAACCCUCCCCAAAGUUGAGCGACCGACUGAGAGAGAUUUCAAACUCGUUGAAGCUUCUUAGCACUAGGCCAGUGAGCAUAACGGCGCAAAAGUCAGACAUAGAAUGUGUCAGGCGAAUCAACACGGAUGCAGCAGAGCCAAAAACUCCUGCAACGCAUUUGAAACUUGAGGGAGCAGAAGAUCCUAAAGAUAUACUUACAGCCCGCAGCACUGGGAUUAAGAAAUCUAUAGUUCAAGAGUGCUUGACUUUUCUCAACAGUGCCAAUAAGGAACAAUUAAAAAGCUUGAAGGGAAUUGGAGAAAAACGGGCGAACUACAUACUUGAGCUUCGUGAGGAGUCACCAGAGCUAUUCAAAGAGGUAAAUGAUUUGACAGACAUCAUUGGAAUGAAUUCAAAAGAGAUCAAAAGGAUGAUGUCCGGGAUCAUCGACUCCUAGGGAAGCAGGGAGAGUGCGAAGGCUCUCCUAUGGAGUGUAUAUGCUUUGGUCAGGUCAUGUGAUCAUGUCUUUGUGCAUCUUUUUGCCCGGAUGCUUUCACGUGCAAAUGCAUCUUCAGUCAGGUGUUUGGCGUUGUGUGAGGGAAUCUUUGCUAUGCAGCGGAUUGCUGCUGCUAUUAUUGUCUAAUCAUCAUAUGGUGUGAUAUGAUAAUAGUGUGGUACUCCGUCUGUUUCAAAAUAUAAGACACAACCACCCGUCCGUUUCAAAAUACAAGACACAACCACCUUGUACACAAAGACUAAGAAAUAUUUAAUCAUAUAUUUACUUAGUAUAAAUCAGCCAAUGAAUAUAAUCUAUUUUUGCUUUAGUUUAUUAUUUUAUCGAUGUAUGUAGCAAUAUAAUUACUACGUGCCUUUUAUUUUGAAAUAUAGGAGUAAAGUGGUUGCGCCUUAUAUUUCGGAGCGGAGGGAGCAUUAGUUGUUCCCUCUCUUUUCAUGUUUGUUGCCAACUACUAUUAUUGAAUUGAGCUAGGAUACAUUUAUACUGGAGUGUAAAUCCAAGCAUUUUCACAUGCAUUUCCUACCACGAG